AUGUCCUCACGUAACCAGCCGACAACGACGCCUUCCAACAGCAACGGAGAUUUUAAUCUGUCGAUGGGCGACUACCGUCCCCACAGGGGGACCGUAUCUGAUGUGGUACAGUUGAUCCUAAACCUGUUGAAUGCGCGCCGGCUCGCUGGGCGGUCAUCGGGCAUACCUACAUGGGAAAACCUGAUGGCCGUGUGGCGACGGUACGGGAAGAACCAACAAAGGGCGGAAAGGGGCACCCAAACGCCAUCGGUGGCCACGCCGACAAUGGAGACCCCAACCGAGACGAGUCUAGAGGUGAAACCUGACGACGGACGGGCGCUGGCCAGGUGGGCCGUAGGGGCAACCCAUCAAGACCUGCUGCAACAUCCACUGAUCCAGAUCGCUCUGGACCGGGGAGUGGUGAGACCCCCACCAGCAGCACAGGCAGGAUCCCGACGACUGGCGAAGGAAACGUCGACCAUCCCCACCAGGAACAUCCGGACAGUGCGGACGAAGGCCGAUCUCAAGCAGGUUAGGUUAGUGCCAAAGGUGGCCGAUUUAAUCAACCUGGACACCGACGAGGAGGAAUUCCUCCAACUCCGGGUAGGCCCACAGGAGCUCCCGGAUGUGGACAUGCUGUCGGGACUGCCGGACAGCGACGACGACGGCCUGUGA